GAGAGGGUUUUAGAGAGAGAGAGGGAACAGAGAUAAUUAUCAUAUUUCCCUUAUUAUUGUCGCUUUUCCCCGCAUUUGGUCCCCACAUUUUAAUGUCUUUUGUUCAUUCCAGGGAGAAAAGAACAUCCGAGGUUUCCCGCACGCAAUCUUAUGUAGCAGUCAUUAUCUCUCUCAUCAAAUGAUGCCCACUCUUUUAUCUUUCCCUCUCUAAAAGUACAAGAGAACCCCACCAAAAUUUCCAGUAAUGGCCUCACUCUCGGAGCCCUGAUCCAGAGAUGCCUACUCUCUCCAAGGCCCAGCAAAAUAGCGUUUUCAAACUGAACCAGCCUUGGAAAUGGCAGAGACUUCUCCUCAUCUCCUUUCUCUUCACCUCUGUUUUUGCCCCAAUCCUCUUCCUAUCAGAUAAGCUCACAUACUUCACCUCAUCUUCAGAGCACAAAGAAUUUCUCGAUGACAUAUCCAGCGUCGUGAGUCUUGAUCAUCCUCUGAAACGUGGCAGCGAUUCUGGUAAACUCAAUGCUAUCCAGCAGGAAACUGGAGAGAAUGUGAAAGAACCAAGACGAUUUGUGUUUAGAGAUGGAGAAGACAAGCCCCCAGCUAGGGUUAUCGGUUCUACUGGUUCCAAAAAUGCCAGGUCCCAUGGAAAUCACGGAAAACAUCAGAGCAGACUUGAGCAACUCAUUCCUCUUCAGGAGGUGCAAUCAAAACAUCAGUUGGGUGAGAAGAGCGUAAGGUCUCGAACCCAUAAACCAACUGAGGAGAAGGUGCUUCAGAUGAGAGACCAGGUUAUCAGGGCCAAGGCAUACUUGAAUUUUGCCGCCCCUCGAAGUAACUCCCACCUAGCAAAAGAGCUGAGAUUGCGGAUCCGAGAGUCUGAACGUUCUUUGGGCGAUGCCAUCAAAGAUUCAGAUCUUCACAGAAGUGCUUCACAGAGGAUGAGAUCAAUGGAGGCUGUCUUAACUAAAGCUGGUCGAGUUUACAACGACUGCGGAGCCAUGGCAACGAAGCUUCGAGCAAUGACACAUAAUGCAGAGGAGCAGGUGGCCGCCCACAAGAAGCAAGCGGAGCAUCUCUCUCAGCUAGCUGCCACUACCUUUCCUAAGGGCCUCCAUUGCCUUACUAUGCGUCUCACUACUGACUUUUUUGAGCUUCAAUCUGAUAAGCGGGGAAUCACUGAUACAUCAAAAUUGAAGAGGCCGGACCUUUACCAUUAUGUCAUCUUCUCAGACAAUGUCCUUGCGUGUUCAGUGGUUGUCAACUCCACUGUCUCCUCUUCUUUGGCACCAGAAAAGCUCGUCAUUCAUGUGGUCACUGACAUGCUGAAUUACCCAGCCAUGACCACUUGGUUUCGAUCAAAUCCACCCGGCCAGGCCGCUCUUGAGGUCCUGAACAUGGAUGAGCUCACUUGGCUUGACCCUAGUCGUGGUUUUCCUUCUAAUCAGCCAAGUGAUUCACUGACUCCCAAGUUUCGAAAUCCCAAGUACAUAAAUCCACUGAACCAUGCUCGGUUCUAUAUCCCCGAAAUCUUUCCUGCUCUUGACAAGGUGGUUCAUCUUGACCAUGAUGUGGUGGUUCAGAGGGACCUGAGUUUGCUAUGGUCCAUGGAUAUGAAAGGGAUGGUUAAUGGAGCGGUGCAUGAGUGCAGUCGUGGUGGACUCGAGCACACUCUUGAUGCAUUCUUGAACUUCUCAGACCCAGUUGUGGUGAGUAGACUUGAUGCUAAGGCUUGUGCAUGGGGGUUUGGGGUGAAUAUGUUUGAUCUGAGAGAAUGGCGACAACGUAAGCUGACAAACGUCUAUCAUGAAUGGUUGGAAAUGGGUAAGGGAAGGCAGCUGUGGAAACUCGGUAGCCUACCAGUUGGGUUAGCAACCUUUCAUGGGGCAACAGUGAGGCUAAAUGGUGGAUUGAUGGUACAUGGACUUGGCUAUGACCCUUUAGUAAGUCGGAGAGAUAUUGAAAAAGCAGCAGUCUUACAUUAUGAUGGUAACAUGAAACCGUGGCUCGAGAUCGCCAUGGCAAAGUAUAGGGGCUACUGGACGAAGUUUGUUCCGUAUGAACAGCCCUACUUGCAACAAUGCAACAUCCAUCCAUAGAUGUUUCACGCCCCCCCCUCUCUUUCUUUUGGGGUUUUAUUUCCUUUUGUGCAGGGUUAUGACAUUUAUAAUUUUUUCAAGCUUUUGAUCCUUGUAAUUCUUUUGGGCCCACAAUUCACCUGAAAAUGACUUAAUUUUUUUCAAUAAAUGGAAUUAUGCACUA